CAAAGUUUAGUAGGCUUGUUCCUGUAAGGACCUAUUUCCAUUACAGGAAUGAUGCAGAAUCAAAGAUAUUUGGGGAUUCUACAGCUUGGAAUUUUUGUAUGGGCUUCAUUUUGUAUUAAAGACUCGUCACAGGGGGAAUAUCAGCGGAAGUUGUAUAAGGAGUUGAUGGAGAACUAUAACAGACUGGAAAGGCCUGUGCUCAAUGAUUCUGCACCCAUAGUGGUGGAUUUGGGACUCACACUGCUUCAAAUCAUAGAUGUGGAUGAAAAAAAUCAGGUAUUAAUAACCAAUGCCUGGCUACAACUGUCAUGGACGGAUAUCUAUCUGAGCUGGAACCCUGAUAACUAUCCUGGUGUUCAGACCCUGCGCUUUCCAUCCAGUCAGAUCUGGACACCUGAUAUUCUACUCUAUAACAGUGCUGAUGAGAGGUUUGAUGCCACCUUCCAUACGAAUGUCCUAGUUAAUGCAUCGGGCUCAUGCCAGUACAUACCACCAGGUAUCCUGAAGAGUACAUGUUACAUAGAUGUGCGCUGGUUCCCAUUCGAUAUUCAAAAGUGUGACCUAAAAUUUGGCUCUUGGACUCAUAACGGCUGGAUGCUAGACCUACAGAUGCAGGCAGUGGACAUUUCUACAUACAUCCCCAAUGGAGAGUGGGAUUUAGUGGGUGUCCCGGGAAAGCGUAAUGAGCUGUAUUAUGAGUGCUGCAAAGAGCCGUACCCUGACGUGACAUUUACAGUGACGAUGCGCAGGCGAACACUGUACUAUGGUCUGAAUCUGCUCAUUCCAUGUGUGCUUAUCUCUGGUCUGGCUCUGCUAGUGUUCCUGCUGCCUGCAGAUUCUGGAGAGAAGAUAUCACUGGGGAUCACUGUCCUCCUGUCAUUAACAGUCUUCAUGCUGCUGGUGGCUGAGAUCAUGCCAGCCACCUCUGACUCUGUUCCUCUCAUAGCUCAGUACUUUGCCAGCACUAUGAUGAUUGUGGGCUUGUCAGUUGUUGUCACCGUCCUCAUCCUGCAGUUUCAUCAUCAUGAUCCACAAGGAGGCAAGAUGCCAAGAUGGGUGCGGAUAAUCCUGCUCAACUGGUGUGCCUGGUUCUUGCGCAUGAAGAAGCCAGGUGAGGAACGGAAAGCCAGCUACAAAUAUGGCCACUCUCCAGCACACCAUGCCAGUGCUAGCAGCAUUCAGAUGGGGGUUAUGCCUGUUCAGCCAUCCUCUACCAACUCCACAACCAACGGUCACAUGAACCUGUACUUCGGCUACCACUCCAUUGACAGUGCAUGCUGCCCACCCAGCAGUGACUCCGGUGUGUCUUGCAAUGGAGGGCGAGUGGGUGGGUCACCCAACGAGGAACAGCGGGAGGCAGUUAGGAUGUUUGCAGGUGAGCAGGAAAUCCAUCGCAUUCUGGCGGAGGUGAUGUAUAUUGCCCAACGGUUCCGUGACCAGGAUGAGGCAGAGGCAAUCUGUAGUGAAUGGAAAUUUGCAGCAGCAGUUGUGGAUCGGCUCUGUCUGGUGGCGUUUUCCCUUUUCUCCAUUAUCUGUACCUUUACCAUUCUCAUGUCUGCACCAAACUUCAUUGAGGCAGUCUCAAAAGACUACACAUAAUCACAGUAUCAUUGCAUUUGGUUUUGUUCUUUUGUUGUUGUUUUUUAGACAAGUUAAAGAUAAUAAAACAGCACUACAUGAUUAAGUGUGAGAAGUGUCUAUCACCAAAGUUGAUUCCUUCCUCUCUCAUCAUUCUGAGAUAAACGUGACCAAUUGUUACAGUAAUUAAGAAAAAAAGAAUAAGCGUGACUUUUCAAACAAACAUGCAGACCCUUGGACAAGCUGUUUGGGUGAUAUUUUUUGUCUUUAUACACUGAGCACAUGAGUUGGUUUAUGUAAAAAGUAUACUGUGUGUGGUAGAACUGUCAGUAUAGUAAAAACAGCUAGAAAUGUAUCUUUCAGGUUCAUGUGCAGCAAUACCAUGUAAGGGCAGCAUAAACCCUUUGGAAGUCACAUCACAAUACAUUCUUUGCUAUGUUUCUGUUUCCCUUGCCAAUGCAACUAACAGAACUUACAUUCAAGGUAGAAUUAAUAGACAUGCUCUUUCACAGUGGCUUUCACCAUCUUGACAUUUUUAUAUAAAUAUUACAGUUGUUAACGUGUUCAUAACGCACUUGUGUCCAGUUGACCACGUAAUCAGUGUCAUUAUUUUGUGACUUUAUUCUGACAAUGUGCUCUGUUGUAUUAUGUAGCAAUAGGUAAAAACUGUGGAUACAGGUCAUUUUGUUAUAAAAUAUAUAUUACAAAAAUAAAACAAUUUAAAUUAAUAGUUUAAUUAUGGCUUUUUGUAUCUGUGAACAGUGUGCAAGAAGCAUGUUUUAGUUUUGUUAACCUAGUUUUAUUUCUCUUGC